AUGUCUUCCGACGAUGUUCCACCCGCACCACAACACAAACCCUCCUCCACAAGCUUCGCGGAUGUUUUCAAGACACUAGGCGUUGGUCGCCCAAAAUCACACUCUCCAGUAUCUUUCCAGGAAAGUAGCAGUGACUCUUUGUCUCACACAACUGAAAGCCGGGGAUCGCACCGCCACAUUCUCGGAAUCGACCAAAUGCACCGCGCAAGUAUCGUCUCAAGCUCUUCGGACGCCCCGAGCGGUGGCCCGGACUUUGAGGCAGCGGUGCGGAAUCUGUCACAGAAACAGAGCUUGUCUCAGGCGAUUGAUGAAGCAGAUAAUGUAUCGAAAAACCUUCCGUGGUUCAGUCCCGAACAGUCCAUUGUUCUCUGGGAGGUAGCUGAACACCUCCUACAUCAUGAAGACUCCAUGGAUGCUCAAAGGAGCGGGGCCAAAUUACUGCAGGCAAUAUCCGCCAGGCAGGAUCUAACACCAACUGCUAGGCGAAUCAUUUUCGAGGCAAUCUCUUGCCCAACGGAACCGGAACUGAUUCCCUCACGAGUGCAGUCAUUGAUCUCCUUAUCGGAUCACGGAAGAAAGCUUGAAUUUGCCAAUACUCCAAUCCUUCAUAUUGUUUCCUCAUGGAUCAACUCGCUCUAUGGGCUUAUCGCAUCAGCUCGGGCGAAAGCGAAAAAGGGGAAGGGCGUCAAAAUAAACGGACUCGACCACGAUGAAGCCAUCCUUGCAGAUCUUUUUCAAUUUGCAAUCGACUUGAUCACGUUGCAACGCAAGCCAUCUACAGAAGAGGAAAUUGCAGGUCUUCUUCAUGAAACCAUCACCAUCUGCCGAAAGACAAGCAUGGCUGUCGAUAUCAAGAAUUCGCUUGCCGUAUUCGAUGCAGUUGUGAUGAAUUCGGAUGUACCUGACGCCAGUUUUCUUGAUCUCCUCGAAGUCCUCUGCAGCAUUCACGCCUCUGUGAAGCCACUGUCUGGCCCGACUUCCCGAACAGUACGGAGUCUUGCCAAAUCCCGAAGACAGACUGAGAUGGUCAACAUGCUGCAUACCUUUUUGAAAGAUUCAUGCUCCGAAGAGCAAAAUCGGAACUUGACUGUCCUUCGAGGCGCAAUCUUGGUUUUCUGUGAUCUCGUGUGUGCAUUUGGCCAGGCUGGGAUGCCGCAAAUUCCUUUCGAUCAACUGAUCGACUCACUUGCAGCUAUUGCCCAGAGAAACGAUGGCAAAGUUGAUUCGGAUAUUUUGGACCUGUGUUUGAACAUUCUAGAAGGGUCCUAUGUUCACGAGGCGUUGGAACAAGACUGGACCAACUUCAUCAACCUGGUGGUCCUUUGCUCGAGAAGGGUCUUUGAAGAACACGAGGAUUCACCCGUUUCCCCAGCCAGCCCACAGCCAGGUCUUGCGAAAUCUGGACACGAUGAAUCCAAGUCGAAUAUCCUCGCCAACAUGAUCCGAAUCGCAUCUGCUCUAGAAGUUCUCUGGGAACAGCUCAACGGGGAUCAAAAGCAACAAGCCGUUCGUUUCCUGGCCAAAGGAUAUCAGCACAUUGAGCCUUCUCAAGCCGAGUUAAUCAUCAACAUGAUAAGAAAGGAUGCCCUUUGCCAUCCUUCAGAUGAUCCAUCAUGGGCCCAGCAUUGCCAAGAGCUGAUUGGACGUUUUAUUCAGUCUCGAACCCAGCCAUCCGAUAUUCGUAUACUGGCUCUCGAUACAUUGAAAGAAGCCCUUGCCGAUAACGAAAGGUUGCUAUUCUCAGACGAGCAUGGCCUCUUAGAUCUUAUUCUUCAAGAUUUCUCUGAAGAGAAAGACCUCUUGUUUUUGGAAUCCCUGGUUUCCUUCCUCACGGAACCGGCUAUCCACUCCAGCAAUGACGAUGUCUUCAAACGUCUCGUUGAUACUAUUUCCGCACCACUGAAGAACGAUGCCCCGAAAGAUGAGCCUCGCCAGGCUACACCCAUGUAUCCUUCACCUCGUCGAACCUCCGCAACAUCCGGAAGCGUUCUAGAGCUUACAUUGGCGAAUGUGUGUGCUGUUGGCCUGGUCAAAAUGAUGUUGCGAGCGUUGAACCUUUCUGCUACAAAGUCUGUCAUUCUUUUCGAGGCUUUGUUGCAGAUAGCUCAAUCCUCCGACAGGCCAACAGACUCGCGACUCACAGUGCUGAAGCUGCUAUUCCGCCUGCGGUGUGAUUCGGCAGGGUCUGUAACUGUUGUCUCGACGUCAGAAAACGACUUCCUGAUGAAUGUCUUGGGUCGCAAUGUCGAUGUGGGUUCCAAGUCCAGCGAAAGUCCUCCCCGAGAUGUUCCUCAGCAUGAAAACCUCCCGCCCUCCAUUGGCAAACUCCCGGGCAAAGAUCUUCCUGCGCCCAGUCUAUCCAAGUCCCUCCCUGGCCGUGGCUCAAUCUCUGCUGCUCGAGCAUCCAAGCUCACGCCUCCGGUUUGGACAUACGCCCAGCCACAAGUCUUGCCAGAACAGCCUCCUGGGGAGUCGAGUCAUGUUGUCUUUGCUUAUGGACAAAGUGAGGCACAGAGUCCAUCGAGUGACACUUUUUCCUCGACUGGCAUAUUGAAAGUGAACAUGUGGCUUGAAAUUGUGAUUUCGCUUCUCCAGCGGGAGACCGAUUGGGAUAUUUACAGCUAUGUUCUCACACAUCUCGGCCCUCAACUGGGAAACAAAGACUUUUUCACCAACUCCAUUCCGCAAAUCAAGCUCCUACGAAGCAUUCUAUGCGACCAAGUCAAGAAUGAAACUUACCACGAGCCCCCCUGGGCUUACUGGUUUGAAGAAAAGCGACGUGGCUGCCUCGAAGAAGAUGACCUUGUCCGGGCAUUCAUGCUGGGAAUCAUCGGUUCAUGGGGUGCAACAUCUCGUGGUUGUAUCCAGGCACUUUCUUUGUGCUGUCACGAAAUUCCACUCUCUGUGACUAAAUCGCUUACAAUCAUUCUUGACAAGAUGUCGAAGGUGAUCACGAUGUCGAAUAUUGCUGUCCAUAUCCUGGAGUUCUUGGCCCUCCUCGCACGACUUCCUGAUGUGUAUGUCAAUUUGCGCGAAGAAGAGAUCCGCACUGUCUUCGCCUCGGAAUCUCCCGUUGUCCGAGCCACCGUUCCACCACCGUCGCGGCUGAGUGCUGGCUCUCGUGAAAUCGCUUCCGGUGCGGCCGAGGCCAUGGAAUCGACCUCUCAGGAUGCAAUGUCAAAAUAUGUCAUGACGCUGACUUACCAUGUUAUGAUAUUUUGGUUCUUGUCUCUGAAACUGCAGGAUCGGCCAAAACACGUGAACUGGAUUACCAGCCGACUUAUCUUCCCCGACGAGCAUGGGAAGGAGGUGGUUGAAGAACAAAGCCAAGUCUUCAUUGAUUUGAUGCAACGAGUUGCAUUCUCGGAUUUGGGCGAGACAAUUCCAUUUGAAACUUUUCCUCCCACCCCCGAAGAUGGCCCGGUAUCAAAGAAGUCCUGGGUCGUGGGCAUGAGUAUCGUUAGUGUUGAAACAGCAGGAGUGUCCGGUUUGACCCAAAUCACCAAACGACAGGCAUCUGGUACAACCUACUCCGUCUACCAGCAACGGACAGCACCAGUUCUUCCGCAUCAAGUGCCCCCAACUCCUGAUGCCCAUGUCCACCCCUCCGAUGCAAUGCGUACAGCUGUUCUCCCUAGUCACAUCAUGCUCCAGAUGACGACUACUGCCUUCCCAACUCCUACCGUCAUGCAGCCGAUUCCCGUUCCUGAAGACGAUAUCACCCGACGGGCCAUUGGCAGUUUCGAUCGCACUGACAUUGUGGAUGGACAUCGAAUCGGUGUCGUUUAUCUUGACAAUCACCAGACCAAAGAAGCCGAGAUUCUGGCCAACUCCGGUGGCUCUGCAGAUUAUGAACACUUCUUGUCUGAGCUGGGAACAAAGGUCUCCCUCCGAAAUCCCAAGUUCAACACCCAGGGAUUGUACGCCGAUACCGAUGGAGAGUCAACUUACGCAUGGCGUGACCGUGUGACGGAAAUUGUCUAUCACGUUGCGACAAUGAUGCCCACUGACUUCGAUCACGAUCCCCAGUGCAUCAACAAAAAGCGCAACAUUGGAAAUAACUUCGUCACCAUAGUAUUCAACCGGUCCAAUCUCCCAUUCAACUUCGAUACUAUCCCGUCAGAGUUCAACUUCGUCAAUAUUGUCAUCACCCCAUCCAGCCACGUUGCAUAUGAUGAGUCUGGAGCUCCCAAGGGGGAGACGGACCCGGAGAAGCAAUACUACCAUGUUAGGGUCAUGAGUAAACCAGGCUUCCCCGAAGUCUCUCCUGCCGCCACACCGAAGAUUAUCUCUGGCAAGAAUCUCGCAUCUUUCGUUCGGAUUCUCGCUCUCAAUGCGUCCGUCUUCUCCCUCGUCUGGAACCAUCAAGGCGGCGAGCACAUGUCCUCCUGGCGCACUCGUCUCCGCGAAAUCAAGAAAGUCCGCGAUCGUGCACUGGCCGCACAGGCGCAGAGUGCCGAGGCCGCCGAAGGCGCAUACCCCGGCCAGCGCCGCAAUACCAAGGCCAACAUCUUCUCUGAGGAGUUGCCAACCCGAAGUGCACCAACUAAGACAACCUCUGAGUCCGAAUGGACAGCAGCUUCUGAGGCGAACGUCCUGCAAAAUCUGGAUUUCUCCCGCUGGAGCCGCUAG